UAAUCAAUAACGCAAUGCCACACACAUUGUAUGAAUCUUAAUAUUUCUGGUCUUAUGUAUCUAAUACAAAGUGAAAUCAACAGUUUGUAGCCUUAUGGCCGCAUGCUACUAGUGCAAGUUUGUCAUGACCAGCUAAUAGCUAGAGCUAGGCUAGCUAAUUACAAUUUCAGUUGGCCGUGCUAGGGAUUUUGUACAGCUGCCAUGACUGUCGUGAUAGGGUUCGAGGGCAGUGCCAAUAAAAUUGCCGUGGGCAUCGUGAGAGAUGGGCAAGUACUGUCGAACCCCAGACGCACUUAUAUCACACCCCCCGGCCAAGGCUUCCUGCCCAGCGAGACAGCCCGACAUCACCGUGGCGUUAUCCUAACUGUCCUCAAGGAGGCGUUAGAGGAGGCAGGGAUGAAACCAGCGGACAUUGACUGUGUAGCAUACACUAAAGGUCCAGGUAUGGGUGCUCCUCUGGUGACAGUGGCCCUGGUGGCUCGUACUGUAGCCCAGCUGUGGGGGAAACCUCUCCUGGGGGUCAACCACUGCAUUGGCCACAUCGAAAUGGGCCGCCUCAUCACACAAGCCAACAACCCCACUGUGCUGUAUGUUAGCGGGGGAAACACACAGGUCAUUGCAUACUCAGAACGACGGUACAGGAUAUUUGGGGAGACCAUUGACAUAGCAGUAGGCAACUGCUUAGACAGGUUUGCAAGGGUUAUAAAGAUUUCCAAUGACCCCAGUCCAGGGUACAACAUUGAGCAGAUGGCUAAGAAAGGCACACAAUAUGUAGAACUUCCAUACACCGUGAAGGGAAUGGAUGUGUCCUUUUCUGGAAUUUUAUCCUUUAUUGAGGAGGCUGCCAACAAGAUGCUGAGUUCUGGGCAGUGUACAGCAGAAGACCUGUGCUUCUCACUGCAGGAGACCCUGUUUUCCAUGCUAGUGGAGAUCACAGAGAGGGCUAUGGCUCACUGUGGAUCCCAAGAGGUGCUCAUCGUAGGAGGGGUUGGAUGUAAUCUUCGUCUACAAGAGAUGAUGGGGGUCAUGUGCAAGGAGCGAGGGGCAAAGCUCUUUGCCACAGAUGAACGAUUUUGCAUCGAUAACGGGGCAAUGAUAGCACAGGCAGGUUGGGAGAUGUUUCGAUCAGGACAAGUGACUGAACUGUCAGACUCCUGGAUCACCCAAAGAUACAGAACAGAUGAAGUGGAGGUGACGUGGAGAGAUUGACAGCUCGAUGCUCAACACGCAGGAACACGCAUCUCUUCUCAUGGCUGACGUGUCAUGGUGUGAUGAAAGAAUGCUGGGAGAAAAUUCUAAUUUUCCAGUAAACUUUGGCUCAGCUGUUGCAUGAGCAUGGUAAUGUAAUGUAUCCAUGAACUAACUGUACUAAGCAAAUGAGAAAAAUGCAUUGUGUACAGACUUGAGGGGAAAUUAGGAGCUGUAGUGUUUCAUUUCAAUAUAUCCAUGCAAUGCUGUACAUACUUUGAACAAUUAAUGUACUGUAAAUGCCAAGCAAAUACUAGUCAAGAUCAUUCAAUUUUAUUAUGCAAUACUGUUCACUUACAAUCCUCUUCUACUUCCAGUGUAGUUUUUGUAAUUAUAUAUUUUAUAAAUUGAGAACAUACUGAGCAAAGUGUGAUCCCUUGAGGACUUAAGAGUAACAUUCACCCAUUGGGGUACAAAAAACAAAAAAACAGCAUUCAGAUCAGAUUAGACAUUGGUCAGGUGCAUUCUUAUUGUGCUGCUGACUGCACCUGUAUGUAAACUGGAGACAUGUUACAAGUCCCUUGUAUAAAAUUACUGUGAAAUGAAAGCAGGUACAAGACAUUUUCAAAUGUGUGCUAAACAAAAAAAAUCAGUCUGGUAAAGUAGGCAUACAGGGAUUGGUCACAACGGAUUAGAAAGUGCUUGAUUGACCACUCGCAUACAGAACAAAACAAAAAGAUAAAACCGCAGUUCAUUACAAUAAAAAUGACAGCUCUUUAAAGAUUUGUUUGUUUUUAAAAAGACCAGCU